UAAAUCAUUUCCAAAUUGCUUACAUUAGCUAGAUGCGAUAUGCAUAUUUCAAACAUUGUUUACAUCGAAGGAGAGCCACUAUGGACUUUUUCAUUGUUCUUAGGUUGACUCUGUACACGAUGUCCGUACGAAGAGACACUUGACGUUUGGAGAACCAGCGAGCCACAGUGGAAAAGAUCUGUUGCAGAAGAGUGACCCGAGCACCCUUUUACCACUCGAUUGAUUGCUUCUUUCUUCCUGCCCUGGUCUGCAGACACAUCAAUACUCAGCCCCGCUCUCCCAUCAGCCCCUCCCGGUGGAGCCUGUCUUUCUCUGCAGUAGUUGACACUCUCAGGCACGUGCACUGCAGCGUCUGGAAGACACGCUACUUCCUGUCUCUCUUAGAGGAAGACCCCUGUGGCUUCACCCUCACAACAGUGGCUAGGCUAGGAUCAGUUGUGCUUUUUAAAGCUGCUUGCUCGCCUUGAAGCAGAAGUCCUAAUCUAUUUGAAAACAUGGGUUCUUUUCACUUGUCAACUUUACCCCAGCAGAUGGAUUGCAUGUUGGUGGCCAACCACAGAUAUUUGUUUUGUUUUAUAAAGUUCUUGUGAUUUUAUUGUGUUUGGAUGUUUGGUUAACAUGGACGUCGGUUUAGCAUGCCAGCAGGAUCUGGUUGAUCUCUAACCCUGUAUUGAGCAGAUCUAGACUACUGCUUCUGUUUCUAUUUUGACCAGCUGGAAAACUCACAUAUUUUAGUUCUUAAGUUUGUGUCCUCUGGAAAAGGUUUCUUACCGGUUUGGUUUAUUUUGUCAGUGGAACAUGAUUGUCUAGAAAAUACAGUUGACAAGGGUGAUUGGGUUAGAUACAACCUUAUCUUGUAUUGAAUAGUGAUCUAAUUUCUUUAGUUUGCACCUCGACUUGUUUGUUAUUUCCCCCUAAAUCAAUAUAGGACACAACUGGAAACUCUGACAGCAAAGCUUGCAGCAAACCUGGAUAGCUCUAUAGAUAAAAUAAUGUUUGCAUAAUGUUUCUCUGAAAAACAUAACUUUUAAAUAAUAACAAACAUAAAAUUGCUGAAAUGUCAGAAAUACAUACUUUAAAACUGGAAAUAGUGACAGAUAUAAACAUUUACACCCCAGUGGACCCUAGAGUUUGUUUUGGAUCAUUUUUAUCCAGUGACAAAAUGUUUUGAAAAACUAAACAUGGACUGUUUUCAGACUUAAUGUUAGCUAUUGUUUGUUUUGGUGGACUUGGUGAUAGGAAUUUUUACAGUACGUUUUUCGGUGGUCUGUAGACAUUUUUGCAAGGCUUAAAAAGAGGUGUUUUAAUGAAUAGCUAUUGUUGUUUGUUUGGGUUGCUCUGGCUGGUUAAUGGUACUGUGAAGGGCAAACACCUUAUAAAAAGGUUGUGUGUUGUGUGUGUGCGAAAAUGAUUGCCUGGAUCAUUGUACGCUGCCUAAAGUGCAGAGAGCAGAGUGGCCCAGCGAGGGUUAACAAUAGCAGCCUGUGUUCCCUCCUCCUGACUCUCACUGGCUGAGAAGCAGCGUGAGGAGAACACACACUCUCACUCCACGGAGACCAACUGAGAGACGGACAGAGUGAGCGAUUGGAGGGACUGUGGACGCCUGGGAGAAUCAGAUCUCGUAUGCUUCUCGCUGGGGCUUUACCCACCAAACCUCCCUGCUCCUCCUCAUUCCUCACUGCCCUCAUCAAUCCAUGGGACUCCAGACUCGGCCGCUCAGCGACCCGUCUCUCACUUCCAUGGCCUGCCUUGAUGUGGAGACCCCCGUUGUGUGCAGGGUCCUCCAGCUCCGCCUGCAGCAGAGACGCACCCGGGAGCAGCUGGUGGAGCAGGGCAUCAUGCCACCCCUGAAAACUCCUGCCGUCUUUCAUGAGCAGAUCCGCAGCCUGGAGAGGGCAAGGACUGAGAACUUCUUGAAGCACAAAAUCCGCAGCAGGCCUCAACGCUCUGAACUGGUCCGCAUGCACAUCCUGCAAGAGACCCACGCAGAGCCCUCCCUGCAGGCCACCCAGAUGAUGCUGAAGAGGGCCAGGUUGGCCGACGACCUGAACGAGAAGAUCGCCCAGCGGCCUGGACCCAUGGAGCUGGUGGAGAAGAACAUCCUGCCCGUUGACUCCAGUGCCAAGGAGGUCAUCAUCGAUGGUGAUGGUGAGGAGAAACACCCCAAGACACCAGAUGUGUACAACUUUGAAGAGGACAGCAGUGACACCCUGUCCCCCGAGCAACCUGCCAGUCAGGAGUCCCAGAGCUCCUCCGCCUCCCCCAGGGAGCCCAGGGGGACAGAGGCCCCCUCUACCUCCCCUCCCACCAGCUGCGCUCUGCAGUACUGUCCACCUACAUCCCAGUCCACACCAGAUGUCCUCAAUUUUGCCUCGACCAAUGAGCAGCAAAACUAUCGACUGACAACUGUGCCUCAACCAAUCCCUUCUGUCGCUCCUGCUAAAGCAGGGCCUACCCUCAUAAAGCAAAGCCAGCCUAAGACUUCGAGCGAAAAGAGCCGCAGCAAAAAGAGCAAAGAGCCCAAGCCUCGCGUGAAGAAGCUCAAGUACCACCAGUACAUCCCCCCCGACCAGAAGCAGGAGCCCAGCGAGGCGCCCAUGGACUCGGCCUACGCCCGCCUCCUUCACCAGCAGCAGCAGUUCCUCCAGCUGCAGAUCCUCAGCCAACAGCAGCAGCACUACAACUACCAAGCCAUCCUACCUGCUCUGCUCAAGCCCGGAGAUGAGGGCCAGAGCAGCUGCUCUAGUGUGGCCCUGAAUGAUAGUGGUCUGUCCUCUCCCAUUGUGGUGUCUGUUCCCAGUGGCGCCACUGUACGGCCAAACCAGACCCUGACCGACCGCAAGCCUGGCCAAUUACCUGCCAACCUGGAUGAAAUGAAGGUUGCAGAGCUGAAAAUGGAGCUGAAACUGAGAGGGCUGCCGGUAUCUGGCACCAAGACUGAUCUGAUCGAGAGGCUAAAGCCUUAUCAGGAGAACUGGAGCGCCCAGCCAGCCUCUACCAUGGAGGUGACAGCCCUCGCAGAGACACCCCAGCCUGCCAACAUGAGCUCCACCCCGCCUGUGUCCCCUGUGCCCUCAGAGGUGUCCAGCCUGAGCAUGGAGGAGGCCGGGACAGUGGACGGUCGGUUUAGGAUGCCAGGGACUCUCUCCCCAGCCUGCCCUGCUUCCUCCGGAACCUCCCCUCACAGAGCCCCUCUGGAGGACAGCUUCAUGGAGACCAGGACUUCCGAGAAGGACCAGCGGCUGCACGAGAAGGAGCGCCAGAUCGAGGAGCUGAUCAGGAAGCUGGAGCGCGAGCAGAAAUUGGUGGAGGAGCUGAAGAUGCAGCUGGAGGUGGAGAAGAAGAUCCAAGGGGCCUUGCAGCCAGAACCUAGCCCACCAGCCCGGGUUAAAGAGGAGAGCAGAGCUUCCCCAAACUGCUCUGCCGUGUGCAGCCUUCCAGCCCUGCCAGCUGUGGUCAAACAAGAGGAGCCUAGAACUCAGCUCCACACGGCUCCAAUGCCCCAGUUCUUCCUCAGUCAGCAGCAGGUACCUCAGACAGCCCCCAGACAGCAUCAAACCAAGCUGCCGGCCCAGCCUGGAACUCAGGUCCUGCUGCCUGUCUCGCUCCCGGCCUCCUCCACCAACAUCCAUCUCCCAAACAAUGGUAUCAAAUUGCCAGUCAGACAACCAGCCCUCAAGACCACUAUGAGCACUGCAUCUCCAGGCCUCAUCCAGACUCAGGUGCUUCAGAAAACCGAGGCAUCAGUACCUCAACAAAGCACCUCUCAACAGCCUCAGACACAGCCCAUGGAGCAGACAGUCCCACUCUGUACCACCUCAGGCUCAGGUUUCCAGAUCAGACCAACACAUGGCCAGGGCCAGAACCAGCGUCAAUGUCAGGCCAUGACGGACAUGGCCCAAGGUUUCCUCAAUUCCUCUCCAGGGAGCAGGUCCCCUGCCAGGGCCUCGACCAACCAAGCGAUCGCUAACGUGCCCACAAAGAGUCCUUCUCCUUGCCAGCCAACCUAUAUCCUGCAGCAGCCGACCUUCAUGAACCAUGUUCCAAAGAGUAAGGACCCACCCCGCUAUGAGGAGGCGGUCAAACAGACCCGCAGCAUGCAGACUGCUGUUCAGGUUCCCACUGCAACCAGCCAGCACAUGGACGACCUGUUUGAUGUGUUGAUAGAAAGUGGAGAGAUAUCCCCCUAUAGCAGACAGGAUCAUCCCUUCCAGGACAAGCUGCUUCCUGUGACAGCCAGUGUCACCACCCUACCCAUUAACACAGUGCUGUCCCGUCCCCCACCCCAGAUCCAUGUGGCCCGGCCACCUGGCCCCACCCGAUCCCCCCCACCCAGCCUGGUGGCCCUGGCCACGGACAACCAGCUUGAGGCCUUUUUGGACUGCACACUGGCCGGGGGCGCAGAGCCACGGACUCUGAGGUUGAUGGAGGAACUGCAUAGCCAGCUGCUCAACAAUCCACAGUCCCCCAUGGACACCAACGAGCUGGGCUUCAAUGACGCCACACCUCCCUCCUCCUACCACCUGCAAGACACCAACCUGGACAACAUGGAGUGGCUGGACCUUACCAUGCCCGGACCAGCAGGGGGGCUCAACCCUCUGGGCAUCUCAACUUCCUCAGGGGUCUUCUCCUCGGAUUUUCUGGACUCCCAUGACUUGCAGCUGCACUGGGACUGAGAGACACUGGGACUGGUCCCCUUGUGAGAUCACCUAUGAGCUUUAUGUUGCAUGAGGUUCUCCAUACCUUUUCCCUGUGAAGGUAUGGAGACUUCACUUUGCUGUCUUACUGCUAAAGCCAGCUGUUCUCAUUCCUCAUUAGACUGAGUUUACUUGCCCUCUGACCUUAAUACCGCCAUUUCCAACAAAAAUUACAGUAUGUACCUAACAAAGACUCACUCACUUUGAAGAUGGGCUCUCAGAUGAUUACUCUGUAGUGAGGCAGUUAGACCACUGAAUUUCCUCAGUUCAUCUUUAGGAAUAAUCAGUCAAAGACAGUCAAAUGGUUCUACCACUGUCACUCCAACUACUGUUUCUUUGUGCUAAUUAGUCAUUCUUUCCAUAAUCAUAACGAGGAAUGUAAAUACCUGUGUGGACCUGUUUCGCAAAAAAAAUCUUUGGAGGGGGAGUAGUCAGAAGUGGCAUUAGAGACCACCUUCUGCACACAUCCCUAUACGGCAGCUGUAUAACAAUCAUUCUUGACAUAUUUGAAUGUGGAAUUAGCCAGCAUUACUUGAGGAUGUGACUGCACCUACACUGUUGCCUUCAUAGGGGGCAAGGCAGUACAAAUAUGGAUGAACUGUAUGUUUUAUUAUGCUUUUAACUACAAAUUUAACAUCAUACCUCACUACGGACGACAACCUUAAGUUUAGUUCCAGCACACGUGAUCAAACAAGGUUUACUUAGGUUAACCUAGUAACCUACUUACUUUGACCGUCUGCCAGAUAGGAAGUCUAAUGUUAGGUAAACUUCAAGAUGGGGCCAAACUGAUUACUUAUUAGAUUUAGAUGAGAAUUGAGAAUCCGAAUGAGACUUUUAAGAGGCGUCAAACCCCUUGAAAUGAGUGUAGUCUUCAAUUGAUGUCCUAGAACACCACAUCACUGUUCUGAGCUAACCAGCCAUUGUGUUUAUGACAAUGGGGCUUCUUGACCGUGUCCUAUCAGUCCAGAGGAUGAAUCCCAAUGUACAAAUUCACUAGAUUUUUUUGCGGUGUGAGAGGCGUUUAUGUGCAUCUCCAUGUGGCUCCCAGCCCGCAUUGAUGUCGAGAAAUAGAGGGACCUAAUGUCAAAACAUUGGAUGACCAAAUUCAAAAUGUCAGUGCUUGAACAGUCCAUUUAACUGAACUUAGACCGAGAUUAUACUGGUAACAGUUCGUUUCAAUUAUGUUCGCGACUCAAGUUCAUGUUGUAAAAAUGUGAUCAUAGUGACAUCUACUGGCCAAAUGACUUACUUUGCCAAAGACUUCAUUUACUGUGUAUUGAGACAUUUUACACAUUGAUUGCUAAACUCAAAGUAUUUUUUAGAAACCCCAAAGGAUAGAAAACAUAUGUCAAUAAAUAUGACAAUCCAAGCACUUAAAUAUAAAUGCAAAUAAUACUGUGAGUGGAUAACCAACAAUGUUUUGAAAAUGACCUGCUCCUGUCACUGUAUUUCUAGCUGAGCGUCAAUGCCUAAUUUCCCCAUUCAAAUUAUUUUCCAUCUGAAUGAGACUUUCUCAGUAUAGGAAGCAUGUGCUGCAUUGUAAGUAUGUUAUAUGUUUUGCACAUUGUGUAGAUAUUAUGUAUAUAAAGUAUGUUAUACAUUUUAUACAAAUGUAGUAGAUGUGAGAUCCCCUUGUAAAUAGCCAUCAUGUUUGGGUAAUGUUUUUUUUUUCCAUAUUGAAAUGUGUAUAUAUCCUUAUUGUGUCAAUUAAAAUGUACCAUAGACUGUU